AUGGCAGCAAUUUCUAAUAACGGUACAACAAAGCAAAAACCACGUUUAGAUCUCAACGGUUAUUCAUAUAUAAUGGAUCGAUUAACUAAUGAAAAAACUUAUUGGCGUUGUAUAAAUUAUUCAUUACAUCAUUGUAAUUCUCGUCUUCACACAUGUGUUAUUACAAAUAAUAUUAUAAAACCACCAACGGAACAUAUAUGCACAAUUGAUGGUACAACAGUUGAACUUCGAAAAUUCGACGAACAAAUUGCUUAUCGUGCUCUUCAUACUCAAGAAACACCAGA